AUGGCACCGACAGUUGACCGUUCGGCAUUCUACCUCGUUUUUGAUGAAAACACAUUCGUCGACUGUCCGCGAAUCCAUGUCUGUCGCGUCAACAUCUUUGAGGACCAGCCUACCGUUCAUCCUGUUUCGACCAUGAAACUCGACGACGAUCCCUUGUCUCUAACGGUCUCUGGAACACGUGUCGUCACUAUCACCCCAGAAACGGAUGUGUCAUACCCUUUGACAAUCCAUACUUACGACAACAACAUCCUGAUUGCCCAUGAGGGCCGGCUCUACCAAUGGAAGACUCCUCCGCUUCGCCCGCUUACUGGCUCGGGAUUGCCUCAGUUUGACCAGAACGCCCCGAUAUCUGUCAUUGGGAAUCUAUUCCACUAUGGAAAACGGUGGAUUGACCCAGGAGAUGAACCCGAUGGUCUUCUGCGCGACCUGUUCGCUCCUCCUCAGUCCCCUUGGCGAGGGAACAGUGACACCGGAUACAUGCUUAUGCUCUCGUUCCCUGGCUCAGCGCUCCACAAUAUCCAACUGAAUCCCUCGUCGCCAGACCCACUUGCGGUUCCCAGGUGA